AUGUGGGUAUUUGCGACAGAUGACAAUGCCGUGAAAGCAGCUGUGGAUGUUGACCCCAAUCAUACCAUCUUCGAACUGAAGACGAUGCUUCAACGCUUCUAUUGCUGUGAGCCAGAAUUCAUGGUCCUCACAUAUAAUGGCUAUGAAUUGGAGCGAGAAAUGACUAUUCACGAGUGUGGAAUCACAGAUAGGUCUCAGGUGUACGUGCAUACACGGCUGAUUAGUGUGUAG